CUCUUCUUCCCAGUCCUCUUCCAGAUCCUGCUGCUGGCGGGUGUCCUGAGCGCCAAGCGCUUUCCCUGCUUUCCUGAGUACUGUCUCCGCGACCAAGACUACGAGGAGCUGCUGGGCAUCGCCCGGGGCGGGCUGGAGCCCGCGGCUCGCCCGGCGCACGUGGUGGUGGUGGGCGCGGGCAUCGGCGGGCUGACGGCGGCCAAGCUGCUGCGGGACGCUGGGCACGAGGUCACCAUUCUGGAAAGGAGCAGCUGGGUCGGGGGGCGCAUCCGGACGCACCGCCCCGAGGGACAGGACUGGUACGUGGAGCUGGGGCCCAUGCGCCUGCCAGGCAAGCACAGGCUCGUCCGCGAGUUCAUCCGCCAGUUCAACCUGCAGCUGAACCCCUUCAUCCAGAGCGACAACAACACCUGGUACUUCCUGAGGGGAGCUCGGGUCCGGGCCGAGGAGGUCGGCAGGAACCCCGACAUCCUGAAUUACACGGUGAGCCCGUCGGAGAGGGGCAAGAGCGCCGUGCAGCUCUACCGACAGGUCCUGGACAAGGCUUUUAAGAAAUUCCAGACCACUGACUGCAGGAAGUAUCUGGCUCAACACGACUCUUUCUCCACCAAGGAAUAUUUGAUCAAGGUGGGGGGGCUGAGCCGAGGAGCUGUGGACAUGAUCGGAGACUUGCUGAAUGAGGACUCGGGGUUUUACCUGUCCUUCCUCGCCUCGCUGUGGGACUUCAGCGUCUUCUCUGACGAGAGCUUUGAUGAAAUCACCGGCGGGUUCGACCAACUGCCCAGAGCCUUCCACAAGGCGCUGCCCAACGUCGUCCGGUUCAACUGCACUGUGGAGAAGAUCAUGGCCAAGGGCGACAAGGUCCGGGUGUUCUUCCGCGCUCCCGACACGCUGGCCCCCACCGUGCUCACGGCGGAUUACGUGCUCGUCACCUCCAGCGCCAAAGCCACGAGGCACAUCCAGUUCCUGCCGCCGCUGUCGCCCGCCAAGGCGCACGCCCUGCGCUCCAUCAACUACGCCAGCGCCUCCAAAAUCAUCCUGGCCUGCUCCGAGAAGUUCUGGGAGAAGGACGGGAUCCGCGGGGGGCACUCGGUCACCGACCGCCCCUCCCGCUUCAUCUACUACCCCAGCCACAACUUCUCCAGCGGCGUGGGCGUCAUCCUGGCCUCCUACACCUGGAACAACGACGCCGAGUUCUUCCUGCCCCUGACGGACGAGAAGUGCCUGGACGUGGUGCUGCAGGACCUGGCGGACAUCCACCAGGUGAGCAAGGAGUACCUGCAGUACACCUGCGACCAGCACGUCGUGCAGAAGUGGCAGCUGGACCGGCACUCGCUGGGGGCGUUCGCCGCCUUCACGCCCUUCCAGUUCGUGGAUUACUCGCGGGCGCUGUUCGAGCCCGAGGGCCGCGUGCACUUCGCGGGGGAACACGCGGCGCAGCCCCACGCGUGGAUCGACACGGCCAUGAAAUCGGCCAUCAGGGCGGCCGGCAACAUCCACCACGACAGCGGCGAGGCGGCGGCCGCGGGAGGGGAGAGCCGGGGGAGGCCGGAGCCGAGGGAAGAGCUCUGAGCGUCCCUAUCGCGGAGGGAAGAGCUCUGAGCAUCUCUCUGCACGGAGGGAAGAGCUCUGAGCGUCUCUCUAACUGAGGGAAGAGCUCUGAGCGUCUCUCUCGCGGAGGGAAGAGCUCUGAGCGUUCCUCUGUGGGGAGGAAGAGCUCUGAGCAUUUCUCUGCAUGGAGGGAAGAGCUCGGAGCGCCUCUCUCACACCGAGGGAAGAGCUCUGAGCAUCUCUCUGCACGGAGGGAAGAGCUCUGAGCGUCCCUCUGUGCGGAGGGAAGAGCUCUGAGCGUCUCUCACACUUUUCGUGGCGUGACUCUGGUUCUUUCCAAGAAAAAAUGGCCGAAUUCAUCAGUAGCAAAAGCGUUAAAGAAUUGGGUGUCUUGGAGCGGGACUGACUGGUUAAACAUGUCCCGGGGAGAGGAGGCAAUAGUAAAUCAGGGUUAUAAAUACUUUAUUUUAAACUCUUACUGCGGGUAGGAGGGAGCACCAACACCAGGCAGUGGGUUCCAGGACUCUGCUGCUCCCCUUGUGCACCGCUGUAAUUCCCGGUUUAUUUGGGUGCAAGGCACUGCACGGCAUGCCUAAGGUGAAAUAAAAGUGGGGAUUCCUGGUUUC